CUCUUCUUGUUUUCAUUCGCAUUUCGUGUAAACAAAAAUUGGUUUUUACCUGAGUCAAGGAAAAUGCCUGAAAAUCGGGUAUCCUGUCUCCUGAACAAGCAACGCAAAUCUGGACGAUUCUGUGAUGUUAUUGUGAAGCUAAAUUCGGAGUUCCAGCUGUGUGCCCACUUCUGUGUCUUGGCAGAUCAGAGUAACUUCAUUGGGAACAAAUACUUUACAGAGGAGGCUCAUUUCUCCACCAAAAAUCCCCUGACAAUUGAGAUUAUGAACUUUUCCUGCCAAGAUUGCCUCUGUGACAUGCUAGACUACCUCUAUGCUAAUGAUAUUGUGGUAUCGGCUGAACAUAGGGCUCACCUGAAGGGUCUUUCGAAGAUCCUGCAGGUGCAUGAGCUGUACGAUCUUCUCUGUGAAGAUGAACCUGAAGAGUCUAAGAAAGUCAUUAAAGAAGAACCGGAUAUGUCGGAGACAAAGCCUAUACUUGAAGAAAUCCAUGAAGAUACGGAGGAGAGGAUGUUCAAUAGAUCCAAAGGAGCUCAGUCUAGGAUGCAUUCCUGCAAUGGAUGCAAGUUUAAAUGCUACAAGGCUCCAGAUAUGGUGGCUCAUCUGCAUACCUGUGACUCUGCCACGAGCAAGUGCAGCCUCUGUGAUGCUCAAUGUGAUUCCCUCAGUGAUCUGAGGACCAACCAUCUGCCCAGACACGAUGACCCAAAGCCCUUCUUCUGUAUUGAGUGUCCUUCGAGAUUCUCCACACGCACUGCUUUGGCUUACCAUCGGCCCAAACAUUCCAGCAACACUCCAUUUGUUUGCGAUAUCUGUGGGAAGGGAUUUAAGUGGAAGCAGGGCCUCACCAGUCAUUUCCUGGUGCACACGAAAGAAAAGAAAUUACUCUGCGAUGUCUGUGGCUUCAGUACGGGUCGCCUGAAGACACUCAAAGUGCACAAGAGCAGCCACACUGGAGUUCUGUGGAAGUGUUCAGUGGCUGGAUGUAGUCAUUCAUCUCGCCGGAAAGACAAUCUUCGCCUCCAUCUAACCACUCACAGCAAUGAGAAGCCUUUUGUGUGCGAGGUUUGUGGAUUUCGGUUCAGGCACAACAAGAAUCUCAAGAGGCACGCCUUCCUGCAUCUGCCCAAGAAGCUCUAUCAAUGUCCCCAUUGCUCCUUCAGUAGUCACCGAAAGGACAAUCUCUGUGAUCACGUAAAUCGGCUUCAUACGGAAAAACCCGUUCAGCUAGAGCUGCCCGAGGAUCCACUGAGCCCCAUUGAGGGAUCCAAAACGCCGAAGAAAAAGCUCCAGAAGGUAGCUAAACCAAACCAAGAAACCAAGUACGUCCCAAUAAAACCGAAAACAAGCAUUUAAAAAUAGAAUAAAAUUUAUUGGCUACU